UGCAGAUUUAUACGCAGCUUGAGGCGUACACGUGAAGAAGAGGAAUCAAAUCGGUACAGCUCAUCCAAGGUGAUGCGAGGAUCAGUAACUUGAUCGAUCCUAGCUGCGAAGUCACUGUUUCGGCCAGAUGUGGACCAUACUGCAAAAAAGAGUGAGAAGGAGCCGAAAAGAGUCGCGUUCUCGAAAGCCGUGCGGGGCCCGUUGGGGUUUUUUUCUUGCCCCGGAACGCUGUUCCUAUGUCCGCCGAAGAACCUCUGAUGGAUUCCGGUCAAAAGCGCUUGGCGGAGCUCGGCUACAAGCAGGAACUCAAGCGCUCACUCUCGGUUGUCUCGAAUUUUGCGUUCUCCUUUGCCGUGGUUUCGAUCUUGACAGGGAUUACAACGCUCUACAGCACAGGCUUGAGUUAUGGGGGACCGAUCUCCAUGCUCUUUCGAUGGCAGAGAUAUGCUCUGCGUUCCCAACCUCUGGAGGACUCUACUUUUGGAGCUUCAGUUUAGCUGGCGAGAACUGGGGUCCGUUUGCAGCAUGGAUCACUGGCUGGUUCAACAUUGUUGGUCAGUGGGCCGUGACGACAAGCAUAGACUUUUCUCUAGCCACUCUCCUUCAAGUGAUGGUACUCCUGGGCACAGGUGGUGCAAAUGGGGGUGGUUAUUAUGCCUCCAAGUACGUCGUAAUAGGAUUCCAUGCAGGCAUUUUGUUUCUUCACGGGCUUGUAAAUAGCCUGCCAAUUCAUAUCCUCUCUUUUUUCGGUACCUUUGCCGCGUUCUGGAACUUGAUUGGGGUUUUUGUGCUGAUGAUAUUGAUCCCUGUUUUAGCUCCUCAGACACAGAGCCCUGAGUUUGUUUUCAAGUAUUUCAACACAGUGAACAACGAAGGUAUUCACAGCUAUCCGUAUAUUUUUCUUCUUGGAAUUUUGAUGAGCCAAUACACACUUACUGGAUACGAUGCCUCUGCUCAUAUGUCCGAGGAGACGAGAUCAUCAGACAAAAACGGUGCAUUUGGAAUUAUAAGUGCCGUCGUCAUAUCCGUCAUCGUUGGAUGGGGUUACAUUCUUGGAAUCACUUUCGCGAUCAGCGACAUCGGGUUCUUGCUCGAUCCAAACAAUGACGCCAAAGGUUAUGCCGUAGCCCAACUCUUUUACACCAUUUUCAAGGAUAAAUAUGGCACUGGAACCGGAGGCAUAGUAUGCCUUGGAAUUGUUGCCGUGGCCAUUUUUUUCUGUGGCAUGAGUUCUGUAACUAGCAACUCAAGGAUGGCCUAUGCUUUCUCAAGGGAUGGCGCCAUGCCGCUCUCUAGCUUCUGGCACACUGUGAAUUCGCGUGAAGUUCCGUUGAAUGCGGUCUGGCUUUCCGUCGUGAUUGCGUUUUGCAUGGCUCUUCCGUACUUGGGAAGCAGCGUUGCGUUUCAAGCUAUGGUAUCAAUUGCAACUAUCGGCCUUUACAUUGCAUACGCCCUCCCGAUAUUUUUCCGCGUUACCAUCGCGGCCAAGAGCUUCAUUCCAGGGCCAUUUAACCUGGGGCCUUUUGGAUUUGUUCUGGGAUGGGUGUCAGUUUUAUGGGUGGCGACAAUCACGGUCUUGUUCUGCUUGCCAGUGGCUUACCCGGUCACAGAGACAUCGCUCAACUAUGCACCAGUCGCCGUGGGGGGUGUUUUGAUCCUGGUGGUGACGAGCUGGCUCGUUUACGCUCGGCAUUGGUUCAGAGGGCCUGUGGCGAACAUACAAACCGAGACAGAGGGUGAAAAUGGAUCGGUUUGAUGGUCUAGCUAUCAAAUCAUUUUUGGACUUAGAAUCUGCAGUGAUGUAGUAGUUUUUGGCUUCUAGGAAUGAACCAAAAUGGUAUAGAAAGUUCUUCUCUCUUUGA